AAUCUCCAAGCAGAUAUCGAAAGCUAAUGCUUGGAUUGGAUUACUGUGCAUCCAAAUAUACGGUUUACCUUUAACCUUUUCCAAAAAAGGUAAAUGGUGUCAAUAAGAACGAGUGACGUAGUAUGAUAUGAAUGGGAUGUUCGUGUAGAUCGUCUGCUGCUGCUGCUUUCACCUGCCUAGCCUUGGCCUCGUAGUCCCGUCCAUAUCACCUAGCUGCCACAGAAAAACAACAUGCAUUUGGCUAUUAAAAGAGUAAAAGACUACCAGAGAUAAGGAAUUAUGAUGUGUUCUUAAGGAAAAUGAGCUCAAAGGCAAAGGAAGCUCCUAAGAAGGAAUGCCCAGGAUUCGAAUCACAAACAUGGAGGCGAUCUAUGUGUAAACAUUGUUUCCGGACAAAAUCACAACACAAUAGUAGUGAGGGGUCUCAUUCUCCCAGUAGUAGUCGUAGCACCGACCAGAAGCUUGUCGAAAAGGUCAAAAAUGGAGAUAAAAAUGUUGAUGAUAGUAGUAAAAAUAGUUCUUUGAACAGCAGGCAGGAUAAAACAGCAAUUGAUACAGGCACUAAUGACGUGAAUACGAAACGAGAUAGCAAUGGCGCGGGAGGGGGCGUCGGCAGUGGUGGUGCGAGGAACAAGGCUAGGGGAACAGGUACACGAACGGCAAAUGGUAGUCCGGGUCAAAGUCCAAGCCGUCGUGCACUUGGGUCUAUGAGACCAACAUCGCCGGCUUCAAAUAAAGUUGGCCGGAGGAGAGACGAUAUUUCGGACACUUCGGGAGAUGAUAAGCGAUCUAAUAAAUCCUCGGCUCAAAUGACAAGCGCACCUGGCAAUGUUAAAUCAUCAGUAUUAUAUUCCUCGCAGGGAAAGUCUGAGCAACAAGAUGGAGUUAGUAAAAAGGUAAGACGGGAAAACAGUAUGGAACGCCGGGCAGCUAGAAAAGCUGAGACAAUGUCUCCAAGGACCCAAUUAAAACUAGGUUCCGAGACGCCUUCAGCGGGGAAUAAUGGCGCUAAAGCACUCAGUAAAGAUGAUAAGCAAAGUAGUAAAAAUGAUAAAGGAUCAAAGAAAAGUGUUCGGGAUCUUGAACGGGAACUUUCGCAGGUUGAGGACAAAUAUGCCUCGCUCGAGCAGGACUACAUGGACCUCGACGAUGACCUUAUGGCUAAGGAAGAACGAUUUGAAGAGAUAAAUCUUCGAAAUGAAAAAGCUAUUAGUGAUUUGCAGGAUCAACUCAGAACGCUAGACCGUGAAAACUGUACGCUCAGGGACAAAAUUAUGGAAUCAAGCCUUCCAGAGAGUGAAAGGACAAAAUCAGGAGACUCCCAGGAAGAAGACAAAAAUGCUGUCAUUCAAGAGCUUGAAGAUAACAUGGAUGAGUUGCAAAAGAUCUGCGAUGAAUUACGGGAAGAGAAUCAAUGUAUCAAGGAGGAAAUGUUUGAAAUGCAGCAAGAAAUGGAAGAGAUGCAGGAUCAGUUUAGAGAGGAAGAAACUCUUGAAUUUAGGGAACUCCAAAAAGAACUUGAGAUGACAUCGAAAAACGUUAGAAUUCUGCAGUUCAAGCUUCGAAAGGCUGAACGCCUGAGGGAACAGACGGAGGUUGACAAGAUGGCAUAUGAGGAUAAGUUGAGACAGCUACAGUCGACUGGGGCGAGUGCGACUAGCGACAAUGAACAUAUUGCAGAGCUCGAAGAAGAACUGAAGAUGGCACAGGAAGUAUCGGUUAGAUUACAUGAUGAAUUGGAGAUGGUGGAAGAAAGAAGAUGUAAGGUUGAAGAAGACAAUGAGAUCAUACAGCAACAGUUGCGGGCGUCAGAGAACAGAUGCGUGCUGUUCGAGAGUGAAGUAGAUAUGCUCAGAUCUGAGCUGAUCAAAUUGCGUUCGGAAGCCUUUACGUCUAUGGAAAGACCAACCCCAGAUGGCGCCAGUAGUCCGUCUUCUCCCGCCCAAACUUCACAGCAGACGACAUUUUCUGAUAAAAAGUCUUUGAGUACUAGUAACAUCUCUAACAUUGACAGGUUCAAAUUACAGCAUCCAUUGCGGUUAACCAGGACGGGUAGUGCACAGUCGUCAUAUGAGUAUGACGCCCAGCAGCUGAUGAGGGACCUCUCUGACAGUAUGGAGCGCGAACAAGAUGUGAAAGAACAGUUAAAAUAUGCAGAGGAAGAGACUAAGAUCAUGCGGAGAAAGCUAAGUGACCUGGAAGAGGAGAACGAAGGCCUGUCGCUACAACUAAAAAAGGUAGCAGUUGCAAGGUCAACCAGAUUCCGUGAGACUGGCGGGAAGAAAUCUUCAUUAGGCCUAGAUGAAGAUCCAGAGGUUCUGACUGAGAAGGAGCUUGAGUUUAAGCUACAAAUGGAACUAGCUGAACAAGAAGCUAGUAUGCUCAGAAGGAAAAUAAGCGAUAUGCAACUAGAGUGUGACAAUCUGCAAUCUGAAGUUAAGUUCCUACAGCAACGUUUAAAGAGUACCUCAAGCGAUUCCAUGUCUUCACCAUUCCCCGAUAGCUACUACGAUGGAAAGAUCCGCCUGUUAACAGAGGAGGUGGACAGUCUCAGAUGGAAGAUCAUUGAGAAAAAUCGAGAAAUCGAACGCCUUUCAGAGGUGGCCAGAUCUCAUAUGCAAGCAAAAUCCAAUCGACCGAAGUUACAAAAAAGUCAUUCCUUAGACUCUGAGCAACAAUUAGAUAUGCAAAGACAGAUUGACUCUUACCAAAAGGAAGAGUUGAAAUUACGUAGUUUGUUAGCCCAGUUAGAAUCCGAAAACGAGAGGUUAAUAUCUAGGAAUAGAAAACUAGAGCAAGUUUCUUCCAGACAAGUAGGGUCUGGUACUUCCAUUGAAGCAAUGCAAUCUGAUGAUGAUGCUGUUCUGACAAUGGAGCUUAAACAGCGUCUGAGAUCAUUGCAGGAUGAGAACACACGUCUCAAAGAACGAUGCAAAGACCUCAGUGAUCGCUCACAAACUGUUACAAUGGAGUGUUCCAAAGCUCAGGGUAGCCUGUCAGAUUCCAUAGUUCAAUCUAAAGACUUACAAGAACAACUGCGUCUUCAUGAACACGAUACAUCAAUAUUGAGAAAAAAGGUGGCGGACUUAGAGUCAGAAAAUUCUAAACUUUCCAGGGAACUGCUCAACUAUAAAUCCAAACGGAAAGUGGAUUCCAAAAAGUCUAAAAUUCAGUUUGACAAAUUGGGAGUUCGUGAGCUCAGGGAAAAAGCUAAAGAAAUGGAGGAAGAGAUUUCUGACCUCUUUAUCAUCGUUAAGAGUAGAGAAGAGGACAAUGUCGACCUAGAGGACCAAGUGAGACACUUUCGAGAUGAGUUAGAACUAAUGAAGGAUGGCUUUAGAAAACGGGAGAAGGAGCUCCUUGAAGAACUAGACCAGUUAGACAGCAAACAAAGUGUCACUGCGAACAUGUUGGAACUUGUAAAUGAUAGAUUUGAUGUUGCACAGAGGGAGCUUGAACGGCUGACAGCCGAGAAGACGAACACAGUGACAUCUAUGACGUUUACCCGCUCCUCUCCACCAGGUGGUGUGAGCAGUGUCAGUGAUGAUGUCUUCAGUAGUGAAACGACAGGCGAUCCAGCAACUGUCCUACGGGAAUGGGAGGAACACUUCAUGAAGAGAAUAACAUCAUUAGAACGUCUACUAGCCGAAGAGAGACAACGGAGCAGAGCCGCUGAGAAACGUAUGGAACUGAGGGACAGUCCAAGGUCUGACAUACGUGAUGAUAUCAGUCUUCUCUAUAGGGAGAAGGAGCUUCUUUCUGAUGAGGUGCUUCUAUGCCACACAAGGCUUGAUGAAGUGAAUGAGCAGAACCAAAGCUUACAACAUGAACUGUCCAAACAGGUUGGGGACCAAGACUCACUUAAACAGGAGCUGGAAAGUGUAAAGAAUGAUCUGGACAAUGAGAGGAGUAAGAGUAAAGAGAAAGCAGAGAGCACUCUAGCUGGAAGUCAGGCUUGGCAGAGAGAGAAACAAGAGCUGAACCAGAAGCUGGAAGACUACAAAGCCAAUGUAGAGGCCCUCAAUGCUCAGCUUCAGAAGGCUCAGCACAAAUGGAAGAGUGGAUAUGAACGAACCCAAGCUGAAACAAGGACCAAGGAACUACUUGAAAAGGAAUCAAGACAACUAAAAGAAGAUUGCUCCAAACACAAACAUGAAGUAGAGGACUUGAAAUUGAAACUCAAAGAGGAGAAAGACACUUGGGCUAGUAAGGAGAAACAAUGGAAAGAUGAAAAAUCAAGACUGAGCGAAAAUCAGCAAUCAUACAAAACCAAAAUAGAACAACUAGAAUUAAGUAUUAAAAGCAAGGAUACAAUGGUCAAAGAGAAAGAAGAAUUGUUGCGAAAGAACUUAGAUAUUUUAAAAGAAAAGGACAGUAUUGUUGAUGAGAAAAAUAAAAUCAUUAAAGAAAAUGAACAUUUAUUGAAACAAAGAGAAAAUGAAACCAGACGCAGUGCAGAUCAACUAAAAGAAAAAGACUCCAUGUUAAAACUAAAAACUGAUGAAAUGAAAACUCUGAAGGAUACCAUUAGAUCUCGUGAUGACAAACUUCGAGAAAAGGAAGAUCACAAUACUAAAAUUAUGGAAAAAUUAAGAAAAGAAGAAAGCAAAGUAAUUAUUAUGGACAAUACUCUUAAAGAGACAAUUGAGAGACUCAAUCACAAGGAAAAUGAUAUUAGGACACUACAAGAUCACAUUGAAGUGAAAAACCAAGAAUUGAAGAGUAUGCAUGAACGGUUUUCAGCAUAUGAAAAAACAAAUAAAGACAGCUCUCAAAAACUUCAAAAGGAAAUAGAACUAUUAAAAUCUGACAAAGUAAGAUUAGAAAGCAAUGUUCAACAGCUUCAAGAGCAACGAGAGACUGCACGAUCAGAACUAGCUAGUGUCAAUGAGAGUCUUAAGGCAAAGGAAAAGAAAUUUGAAAGGGAAAAGUCUAACAAGGAUAACAUGAUCAAACAACUGGAAGAAAAGGUUCGCUCAACUGAACUUUACACUAAAUUUCGCCAAAGUCAAGCUAUUGAAACACUCAGUAAGGAAAAGCGAGACCUAAUGGAUGAAAAACACAAGCUGGAAGAGGAUCUGAGGAAACUUGGUGAUGAGAUGAAAGAAAGCAACAAGAACUGGAAUAAUGAGAGAAAUGAGUUGAAGAAAGUAAUUGAAGACAAGACCAAACUUGUAGAAGAUAAUAUGUCCAUCAUUAAGAUGCUUCAGAAGGAUAUUGAAAAGCUCAAGAGCUCGAUAUCCAAAAACAAUGAUGCCUUGGCUGCAGCAAGUAAGGGCUCUGAUGUCACAAAGGAGCAAAUGAGGCUAGCAGAACAACGCUGGCAUAAGGAAAAGAAGGAUCUGCUUGAUAGAGUCAUUAGAGAAGAGAAACUGUUGAAGGCAGAAACUAAAGCGAUCCAACUUAAAUAUGCAUCAAAGAUGAGAACUCUGGAACAAGAAAUUGAGAUUUUGGAAGGUGAGACAACGAGUCUGAGGAAGCAGAAUGACACACAAAGAGACCAGUUAAGAACAGCACAGAGGAAUUUUGAUGAAAUUAAAACCAAGCAUGAUACACAAACAGACAACUGGGAGAGAGAGCACCGUAGAGUUAUUUCAGCUACUAAAGAGAUGGAAGAGAAGAAGAGGAGUGUGAAAGAGCUUGAGAAGAAGAUUCAGGAACUACAGGAACUUGUGUCCAGGGAGGAAAGACAGAGGAAAGAAGUGGAUAAUAAGCUAACAACAGAGAAGACAGCAUGGGAAAUACAGAGGGUCAAUAUGCAGGAUAAAAUAGAUCAAUUGGAGGAACAACUAAAGAACCAGAAAGGAACUGUUCCAAAGCGUGUUAGAUUCGAAAGUCGAGAGGAGAAAGAGCACACUGAAAUAAAGAAACUACUUGAUAAGUCCCACAGCCAUGCUGUAGACCUGGAGAAACAGCUUCAGAAAAGUGAGAGGUCUAGGGAGUUGGACAAAAGAGAAAUUUUGGGCAAGUUAGAAUCAAAGGAACGACAGUGGGAGAAUGAGAGGAAGAAAAUGAUGGAUAAAAAUGCUGAGGUUGAAGAGAAAGUCAGACAAAUCACGAGUCUACAGAAGAAACUUGAGUCUGCCCAGAAUAACGUUAAAUCUGAGCGUAUGGAGUGGGAAAGAGAGAGGAAAGAACUGAGACAAAGUAUAGAUAACAGCAAGAAGGUCCAGCAGUCUGACAAAAGAAAGAUAGAUGAUCUUAUCCUAGAGUUGCAAAAGCUGAAGACUAUAACUCCUGUAAUUGAAGAAAUGACUAAAUCUGAGCACUACUCCACCUCCCAAGCCUCCCCCAGCAAGUCCAGGCCUGGUCUGUCUCUCUAUAUACCCCCCAGGGACAGAAACAACAGGGAAGAAAUGGAACUGGCAAAAACUCUUGAUGACCGCUUGGCAUCCAGAGUUGGUCAGGCCCUGAAUCAAAUAGAGAGAGUCACAGAUGACCUAAGUGAUUACAAACAGAAACUAGAAAAUGGUGAACCAUUACCACUACGAAGGACUUUAUCAUCAUCUGAGCUGGACAUGAGCAACCAAGCGCUAUAUCAGCAGACCCCACCCACAGAUAUAAGCACAUUAAUCUCUGACACAGAGAGAACGUCAUUCGAGGUGGAAGAAAUCCCAUCAUCAUAUGGCUUAACAUCUUCUAGACCAAUCCGCAGUCGACCAACUUCCCGCUAUGGCGCUUAUACAUCUGGUACCCAGAGUGCAACAGGAUCACGGACUGGGUCACCUGACAGGAAAAGGGGUCCAUUGUCCCCUGUUAAGAAAGUGACAAACUAUCCUGACCCACCAAGAGGAUUCCUCAUCCGCCCCAGUGGCUCUAGGUCAGGGUCAGUCCCUAGUACCCCAACACGUUAUGAAGAAAUUAAGGAUCGUUAUCAAGCUGAUGUUCUUACAUCAGAGAAUGUGUCACAUUUGUAUGAUAAACUUAAACAUGAACAAAUUCAGUACUUUACUAAGGAUAGACCAAUGCUUCAGAAAAGUGCCUCUCUUGAUGAGAGAGGUGAUGAGAGCCCAGUGAUUCCUGGGAGCACUAUAAUGGACCAUUCGCCCACCCCAUCUGGUGGAUCUGAUACUUCCAAACCCAGAGUACAAAAACGUUAUGGCAGAAGUAAAACUGAUACUCUUACUGUUGAACAUUCUGAUCAUCAGAAAUCAUCACCGAGAUCUCAAAGACAGGUUUUCUAUGAUGAUUAUAAUAAGAGUGAUUGGUUUAUGUCUUUGCCUGAUAGGCGUGGUUCCAAAUCAAAACGUGAACGGACUAGUGUUAAGGACAUUGACUAUAUGAAGCCAGAUGACUCUGACAGACAAUCAGAGGACAGUGCUAAAGGUGCUAUGGGCCAAUCCACUUCGGAAACAUCAAUUAAAUCUUCCAAGGAUGAGAAAGAAUCCAAAUCAUCAGUAUUCGGUUUGUCAGUGAGAGCAAGACGUAAACUAUUUCAGAAGUCUUCCAGUCUUGAGAAUUCCAAUACAGAAAAGUCCAUAGGGCAAGCAGGACUUAGUCUUGUAGCUCCAGCUGCUCCCUCCACUUCGCAAGAGCCAACACCAGUAGUGCCAUCAGAACCUGAACCAAAGACCAAAAAGAAGCCUUACCGAAGAUCUUUCAGUUUGGACAUUGCUAAGCUAAUCCCUGGGAGGAGAAAUCGGUCUCGAUCCCGAGAUCGAUCAAAAGAUCGGGGAUCUAAACCUGACUUAUCACGAGAAGCAAAGCCCUCUCCGAAACCUUCCCCCACAACCCCAUCUCAGACCCUUUUGUCUCCAUCUUCAUCAUCAACAACCCCCUCGGUGACACGUGAAUCUAGUGAGAGUAGUAUCUCCUCACGUCUCUCAAGGGCUACUUCAGCGACAAGUCCAAGAGAUGGGGAGUUCGAAUCGCGAAUGAGAGGUCUCCAAAUUCCGACAAUGGUCACGCCAUCUAUGCAGCAACAUAGCCCUACAACUAGGAGAUCACCCCAAAGAUGGCGACAUCCAUCAAUGGAGAAGUCUACUCCAAUAGUUACCCCUACGUCACUAAGACGGUCAUAUGCUGACCCUCUCCGACGAUCAUUCGAUGAUCGACUAUAUCCUGUAGCACGAGAGAGGAAGUUCAGCGAGACACCUGUUUAAAUAUUACAAACUGGUGUAAAAACCCGACUUGAGAUUUUAAUAAUUCGGUGAGCUAGUCAGCCUAGUCAGGUGACCAAUGCACUAUUCUUUCGGUAGGCAAGUCAGCCAUUACAAUAUUUGACAAUGUGAUAAGCAAAUUUUGAUAUUUGAGUUCAGUAAGGGAUGCUGGAGUCUAGGAAUGCAAGUAGCUACUAUUCAGCUUUGUUUGAUGUUACUAGAUGUUAGCAUUACUUUAUAGUGGACUCUACCCUUUUGCCCCAGUCUUCCUAGUUUAUACAGAUGUAUUGAGUGGGAGGGGUUUUGUCAUACUCCUUCAGGAGUGACUUAAACAUUUUAAAGGUAGAAUAUGUAAUUCUAAGACAAGAAAAAUGAUAACAAGCUACAUUUUGAAUUCACCAACUGGUUGGUUUUCUACCAACCCAAACAGAUUUAUGUAUAUGUAUAAUAUGUCACAAUAAGAUAUAUAAUUUAAGCUGUAUUAGCAAGGUACAACAUUGCACUUUGAUAUAAACAUGAAGAUUGGUGUUGUUGAAUUACAAAUAUGGCUUGAAUACAUUUACAAAAAAAAGUCAAAUGAAAUAGGUAUGAACUUCAUGUAACUUUCUUGAAAACUUCAAGAAAAGAGACAUGACUUGAAUAUGACCCCAUGUUUGGGACAGAUGCCCCCCUUCGAUUUCUGAUUCUACCUUUAAUUUCCAUUUUAUUUAUAGGCUCUCAAGAUUGGAAGAUCGUCCAGUCAUUUGUUGUGAUUUUUAAACAUACCAAGUCAAGGUGAUAUUGAGUUACCCUUAACAACAUUGAAAUAUCUUAUUUCCAUUUGCAUCUUGAACUCACUAAAAGGGUAAAAGCAUAACAUAAUCUAUCCUUUGUAAUACAGUAAAACCUGUGUAAGUGGAACACCAUUGGUACCUCUAGUGUUCCACUUGGGAGGUGUUCUACUUACAGAGGUUCAUUUAACAUU